ACCGGAAGUCUCCCGCGGCACUUCCGGCGCGCCCGCCCCUCCUGCCCGCCGCCGCCAAGAUGGCGGCGCCCGUGUCGCUGCAGGUGGAGUUCGGAGGUGGUGCAGAACUCUUAUUCGAUGGUGUCAAAAAGCAUCAGGUGACUUUGCCCUGUCAACCAGAGCCUUGGGAUAUCAGAAACCUGCUCAAGUGGAUCAAACAGAAUCUGUUGAAAGAGCGACCAGAGUUAUUUUUGCAAGGGGAAUCUGUGAGGCCAGGAAUUUUGGUGCUCAUCAACGAGGCAGACUGGGAACUAAUGGGUGAGCUGGAUUAUAAACUCCAGGACCAGGAUAAUGUGCUUUUCAUCUCAACACUGCAUGGCGGGUGAACUCCUGAAAAAAACAAGAGGAUGUAAAUCCAAAUCCCCGGGGAAAAAAAAAAAAAAAAAAAGAAACAAACAAAAAAAAAGCCUUAACCCACCCAAACCUCUCUUGAACUGCCUGUGUCCAGUCUCUGCGUUCACUUGUUCUAGACAUCCAAAUAAAGCUCCGCCGGCCUGCGGCCUUCUGUCCAUCACAA